AUGAAGGUUUAUCCAAAAUGCGAACACUUAAAAAUAUCAAUGAUCUUUUCAUCUUUACUCGGCAUCUUUCCUUCAGAGUUUAUGUUUGAAGACAACCACACGUUUCAAAAAAUUUACAUAAUUUUCUCUCACUCUAUCCUUAGUUACUACAUCUUUUUUAUAGCGACAGCAUAUAUAAAGUUAUAUUUGAUUGUGAACGAGGAUGGAUUAAAGCUUGACGCCAUAUCUGCUAAUUUGUGUAUAACUUUAAUUUAUACGAUUACAGUCACUAGGCAGUUUAUCAUGAAGCUGAGCCCUGGAUUUAAAGCUAUCGUUAGAGGCAAUCAGACUGUUGUUGUUAAGCCACUGCCUUUAUCAUCGUGGUUUCCUUUUGAUGAACAACAUUAUUAUUUAGCUUAUAUGUGGCAUGUCCUAGAUAGCUUAGUAGGAGCAUCAUUUGUAACCUAUACUGACAUAUUUAUGUUUAACUUAAUUACUUAUCCUAGUGGUCAGCUAACAAUGCUUCAGCAUCUUUUAAGAAAUUUUGAAGAUUAUAAAAAAUCUUAUAGAGAAACUAGACGCUUAGAGAACGAUGAUUCGGCAGCCAUUAUGGCAUUUAACGAAUUAACCUGGAUUUUAUUGGUUUUUGUGGGAACUUUCUUUCUUGGAAUGAUAUUGAGGCUAAUAAUUUAUUAUUAUUAUGCUAAUGAAGUUAUAUUUUUGAGCCAAGGCUUAGCUUUAGCAGUUUGGGAGAGUACCUGGUAUAAACAAUGCAGUAAAGUAAAGUUUAUGAUGUUAUUCUUUAUAAUGCGUGCUCAAAAACCUUUACAAUUUCAUAUUGGAUCAUUUAGCACUAUGUCUUUGGAAUCGUUUAUUACGAUAUUGAGAGCUACUUAUUCAUAUAUAAUGCUUAUGUAUAGCAGCAAUAGUAAGAAAUGA